ACUGCAUUUUUAUUAAACUGUACCCAGGCAUAGUUGAGCUGAUGUGCUCUAGAAUCUUUGCAUAAGCGUGAUUAUACUGUAAGCCCAACCGGACCAUGCCCUCCGUGUCCACCUCCCCAAGCGGACCUGGGCACAGAUAAGCAUAUUGUGCCCCGGUAUGGAGUGAUCUCACUUGUCACAAACUGGACUCUAGGGGGUCAAACAUACUCGGGUACGGUACAGAUGGCAUAGUGUGAUUAUGCCCUUACAGUAAUUUCCCGCAUAUAAGCCGCAGGACAGUGUUUUAUGCCAGUUAAAAGAAACAAAACCAUAUUAACACCAUAUUAACUGACCCCCUGUAUUAACCUCAUAACUGAAGAAAUUUAGCAAAAUCAAUGUAUAAGCCGCGGCUAAUAGUCGGGAAAUUAUGGUAGUCUGUUUCAGACUAGAGGCUACAACUGACACUGACCAUCACCUAGUUUGUUUUAACUUAUGGCACUGGGACAAAGCUGAUAACAGCAGAAACAGUUAACAAGGCCUUAAUCAUCAACAUGGAGAAAGUAAGUGGUGUUGCUUGUCAGUAAAGAGGGUUCACCGCCCUACAGCUCCUGCUCAGCAACAGUAACCACUCACCGGGAGGGAAAAGCUCGAAUACAUUUGGCUGAUUAGACAAUAUCGUAAUGAAACGGAAGGAAGUAAUGGAAACAACAAGAACGUGUACAUGUGCCUCUACACAACAACAUUUAUCGAGAUGAAACAAAAAUGGAAGUCGCCUCAUUUUAGGAGUUUUAGAAGUCAUUUUAGGAGGUAAUGAGACUUUUAUUGCUUUCGCUUGUGUGCUUUGAAGUUUUGACAGAGAAAGAGACCCACCCAGGGAAGAGCAGGAGGAUUAGUGGGAGCCGUAAUAUCAUUACUUCCUCUUGAGAAGCUAAUGAAAGACUUCCGACAUCAGCUGGACGUCCCCUGAUUCAGUUACUUGAGGGUCCUGAAAGGGAAGAAGUGCCCCCUCAUAAAUCCAUCUCUCCUUGCUCAAGCAGCUGUUUGACUACAAAGUGUAAAUCUUGAGGUGAUGGAGGUGCGUAGGAUCUGCUGUAUUGGGGCGGGUUACGUGGGAGGCCCUACCUGCAGUGUCAUCGCUCAGAUGUGCCCAGAGGUGGUGGUCACCGUUGUGGACGUGAACGAGGACCGCAUCCGUGCCUGGAACUCCAGCUGCUUACCCAUUUUUGAGCCUGGUCUGCAGGAGGUGGUGACGUCCUGUCGAGGAGUCAAUCUCUUCUUCUCAACGGACAUCGACACUGCCAUCAAAGAGGCUGACCUCGUGUUCAUAUCAGUGAACACUCCGACAAAGACCUUUGGUAUCGGUAAGGGCCGUGCUGCUGAUCUGAAGUACAUUGAGGCGUGUGCACGCCGCAUUGCAGAGUUGUCCAGCGGCUGUAAGAUAGUGGUGGAGAAGAGCACUGUGCCCGUGCGCGCUGCAGAGAGCAUACGCCGCAUCUUCAACGCCAACACCAAGAGUAACCUCAACCUACAGGUGCUGUCCAACCCUGAGUUCCUGGCCGAGGGAACAGCCAUCGCAGACCUGAAGAACCCGGACCGCGUGCUGAUUGGAGGGGACGAGACUCCGGAGGGGCAGAGUGCCGUCCAGGCCCUCAGAAGGAUCUAUGAGCACUGGGUGCCCAAGACCAAAAUCAUCACUACCAACACCUGGUCCUCCGAGCUCUCCAAACUGGCAGCCAAUGCGUUUCUGGCGCAGCGCAUCAGCAGCAUUAACUCCAUCAGCGCUCUUUGUGAGGUCACGGGGGCAGACGUGGAAGAGGUGGCCCACGCCAUCGGCACUGACCAGAGAAUCGGCAGCCGCUUCCUCAAGGCCAGCGUGGGCUUUGGUGGGAGCUGCUUUCAAAAAGAUGUCCUCAAUCUGGUGUAUUUGUGUGAAGCUCUUAACCUACCAGAGGUGGCAAGAUACUGGCAACAGGUGAUUGAAAUUAAUGACUACCAGCGCAAGCGCUUCUCCUCGCGCAUCAUCAGCUGCCUCUUCAACACGGUGACCGAUAAGAAGAUCGCUCUGCUAGGCUUCGCCUUCAAGAAGGACACCGGAGAUACCAGAGAAUCAUCCAGCAUCCAUAUCAGCCGCUAUCUUCUGGAGGAAGGAGCCUGUCUGUGUGUUUACGACCCCAAGGUCAAAGCAGAGCAGAUCAUCCAGGACCUGACGCAGGUCACUGCCUCAGAGAAGAAUGGCCCUUCCAGAGUGUCUGAGCUGGUCACCAUUGCCACCAACCCCUACGAGGCCUGUGAGAAUGCCCAUGCCAUUGUCAUCUGCACCGAGUGGGACAUGUUCAAGGAGCUGGACUAUGAGAGGAUCUACAAGGCCAUGCUGAAGCCAGCCUUUGUGUUUGACGGCAGAAGGAUCUUAGAUGGCCUACAUGACCAGCUCCAGCACAUUGGCUUUCAGGUGGAGACGAUCGGUAAGAGAGUUAACCAGAGGAUCCCCUACACCACCACAGACUCAGGAGAUCAGCCGCAGGCGAAAAAGAACAAAGUAUGAAGUGCUUUUCAGACAGCAGUCAACGCAACUGACUGGCAGAAAGAUCAUCCUGUAUAAUUGAAUUGUGAUUGUGAAAUGUGAGCAUCUCAGUGUUUCUCUAUUAUUUUUUAGUAUUUCUAUUACUUGGAGGGACACAUUAUUUAAUAAGGGCAGGUCGAAAAGAAUCUUUUUUAUUAUUAUUACUUUUAUACACUACAGGCUGCAUUUGUAAUUGUCCACAUGUGCAUUAACUUUGAUCUACAAUGCUGUGACACAAACCCUAACUGGUUUGGUAAAUGUACAAAUAUAUAAUUCUUUAUAAAUGAAAUACACAAAAAAAACCUGUUAUUUAUAGAUAUUUUGUGUUUUGGUACAUUUUUACCAUGUACAAUUCAAUCUCAAACUUUUCUAAUAAGAAAUCUCAUAUUAAUGUACCAGGAUUGUCUUGUAUGUUUCAUGAAUGUGUUCUGUCAGAGAGGUUUGAUUACAUUUCUCUCUGCUCUGC